AUGGAUAAGUUAGCAUUUUCAGGAUCAGGAGACUCAGGCAGCACUGGAGACGAUCAAAGAACUACUGAGAUGAAAAUUUAAGAUGAGAUUGCUGGCAAUGAUGUCCUUUUCAAACAAGGACUCACCUUCGAAUGGGUUAAAAAUAAAAUUGCCAUCGCACUUGAAGUCAGAUAUCAAGAUCUUUUAAUUUUCUAUAAUGGCAAGAGAAUACCAGAACCCUUCUGUUUAAUCGACUUAGGAGUUAAGACAGGCGAGACUAUUGAGGUUUAAAUUGCUGAAGGGGCAGUAGUUGGAUUAGAUGCAGUUAGAAAGCAAGUUGAAUAGGAGCUCCAAGACAGUUAAUGA